GUCUGCGCGGAAUAUGCCUUUGCUGCCUGACGAAAUUGUGCACGAGAUAUUGAAGCCCGUUUUAGGCGUCCCAGAUGAAGUCUUUUGCGAUACAGGCCCAUCUGCUUUCGAGUUUCGCGCCCAGAUCUCUACCUCUGCUUUCCUCCUCGUCUGCAAGCAAUGGCUGAGAGUGGCCACUCCACUAUUGUUCGAGGUGGUUAUACUCCGCUCCAGUGGGCAAGCGAAAGCUCUGGCGCGCGUCCUGAGGGCAAACAAACAGUUUGGACAGUUCAUACGCAUGCUAAGGGUGGAGGGUGGAUUCGGGAUGGCCAUGCAGACGAUCAUAUCUGCGGCACCUAAGGUCAGGGACCUGUACCUGACGUUCUCUCAAUCUUCGAGCGACAAUGUUCAAGGCCUUUGCAAUGCGUUACCGUCUAUUAACCCUUGUCGACUCUUCAUCCAUGAAAGCGUGGAAAGCUUGCAGGGUGGCAAGCAUGUCCUGGACAAUGCAAAGACGAGGGACCUGACUGAUGCGGUCUGUCGUUGCAUAAGGAUGAACUGGACGAACUUGCGGGUUUGUCAGAUACCCUACGUCGAGCAUGCUCCCUGGGCAACGACGCAGAGGGCGUCCUCACUAUCGGUGGCUCUGAAGCACUCGCCGAAUCUUGAGAGCCUUGUGCUCUCCCGUCUGCCGACAUAUGCGCACAACCUGACUUCUGACGCGCUUGAGGGUUUCGCUUCCAAUCCUGGCUUGAAAGCAGUUCGACUUCUUGCCAGCUACGAGGAAGCUGGACGCGAGGGCUUCGUUCGACAGCUUAAUCGCAUGCCCCGUGUAGCGAAACUCAUUGUGUACGAGGAGCUGCCAUCCCAAGAGGAUCAGAGGGAGAGUGACGUGAAAGACAAGUCAUCCAUCGCUUAUUCAUAUGUAUGUCUCUCCUCCUCUUCGCAAGCAGUACGGGCCAAAGUCUGGUCCCGCAUUCUUGAGUUUGUCAUGGAUGUGAACGAUGGUGAAUGUCAUAUCGAGCGAGUACUCCGCAAGGACGAAGGUAUCAAAAUUAACGGAGGACGGUUGCAAUUCCUGCUCGUCUGCAAGGAACUCUACGAACUAGCGCUCCCAUUUUUAUACCGAUUCUGUGUUGUCGCCAAUUUCACGGGCCUUCGGUCACUAUCCGACAAGCUUGUCGCGCAACCUGCGCUAGGAAGUAAUAUUCGCUUUCUCAUGCUUAACCAGGGCAUCACGGGCGACUUGGCGAUAUUCGGCUCUGAGGAAGUUGAAGAUUAUGGUCAGCUGAGGGACCAUGUUAACGUAUUCCUCAAGCGGAUCUUUUCCAAGACGCCUCAUCUUCAGCAGGUUCUCACAUAUCAUUUCAGCUUCUUUGAUUCCGAGCGCUUCAGGAUAGACUGGUCAGUAUGGGAUACGAUUUGCAGCGUUGCAGGGGCGUCUGUGAAGACAAUGCAUGGCUUCCGGAUAGAAGAUCGAAUCGAAGACGACAGCGAAGAUCAGGGUGGGAAAAGCUUGUCGAUCUUCAAUGGUCUAACGGUGAUACGGUCCCUGGAAUGGUCCAGCAGGACAGCAUUCCGUCGCGAUGACGACGUCUCGCCUACGUCCCUGUCAUCGCUUGAGAUGUUGACGCUGCACAAAUACGACGACAGCUUUCUCAGCGAGCUAUCGAGAAUGAGCUUGCCGUCGCUUCAAACUGCAGUGAUCGAUCAGAUAUCCUUCGUGAAGACCUCAGAAUCGUUACUGCCUUUCCUCACGAAGCAUGGAUUGAAGCUGCGUCGUCUCGAGCUCCUUUCCGUGUUCUUGAAGCUCCCGUCCCUGUUCAAUCUAUGCCCUAACCUGACAGAAUUCACGCUCGAGACGGACUCUUUGCGGGGGAUAUUUUUGGUGGACGACAUCCUUGCUCAUAUACAUUCGGGGGAGUGUAGCCAGUUGAAGAAGAUCAUCAUCCGGGACCCGAACGCAGGAAACUGGCCGUAUGAUACGCUCGUUGCGACGGGGACGGGCGCGCCGCACGUGAUGAAGACAUGGUCUCCAUUCUUUGACGGCUUAGACCUGAGCGAACUUCCGGCUUUGGAAGCAAUCCAGAUUACCCUCAAUCUCUGGCCCACAAACCAGCGUGCAUAUGCGAAAAAUCCGUGGAUAAAAUGGGAUGCCGAAUUGAAGAGGCGAUGGAACGUGGGCCUGUUAGAUGAGGCAGGCAAAGGCUGGACGCCACGACUCAAGUGAAAUUCUGCGACGGUGAACCGGCGGAUUAUUCGUAGCGGUCAGACAGAAGCAGGUUCAAGGCCCGGGCGGCUGAUGAUACAGUAUCAGGUCCCUGCGGGUAUCCGCAAAUCAUUAAUAUAUUACUUAGCAUCUACUUAUUCGUAGGCCCAUUCUACUGUGCACGUCCUUGCCAAUAUGAUGGACAGAGG